UCUUCCUCCCACGCGCAAGCUUUUCGACGCGGCGGGCUUUGUCGCCCUCAUCCAGCAUACAUAAGCAGCUAGCCGCAGCCAACGUUCACUACAGAUCGAGCCUUGCUUCAUCCUCAGCUCGCAACAACCCUGCAGCAAGCUUCACCAUCACCCUGCCUCCAUGGCCGACCGCGUCCACCCCGUGCCGGCGCCUCCGUCUCGACGACGACCCGAUCAACCACCCGCCGACGCUGCCGCCUCUGGUGCCGCCGGCGAGCCGCCCACGGAGACCACGCCGCUGCACCCGUCCUUCAACCGCCCGCUCUCGCCGCCGCCCGGCACCUACAUCGUCCACGUGCCCAAGGACCAGGUCCUCCGCGUCCCGCCCCCGGACCGCGCGCGCCGCUACAGGAAGCUCGCCGCGCGCCCCGCCCGGCGCCGCCUCCUCCGCCGCGCCUGCUGCUGCUCCUGCGCCGCGCUCCUCCUCCUGCUCCUCCUCGCCGCGGCCCUCGCCGGCGCGGUCUACCUCCUCUUCCGCCCGCGCGCGCCGGCCUUCUCCGUCGCCUCCCUCUCCAUCCGCGGCCUCGACGCCGCCGCCCUCUCCUCCUCCACGUCCUCGUCCGGCCUCUCCCCCGAGGUCGACGCCGCCGUGCGCGCGGACAACGGCGCGAACCGGAAGGUCGGCGUCGAGUACCGCGGCGGCGGGAGCGUCGCGGUCUCCUACGCCGGGCAGCGGCUCGCCGCGGGGCCGUGGCCCGCGUUCCGGCAGCCGCCGCGGAACGCGACGGUGCUCGCGGUGGCGAUGCGGGGGCAGGGCGUGCGGCUGACGGAGGAGCAGGCGAGGCGGCUCGCCGCGGACCGGGCCGCGGGCGCCGUGCCGCUGGAGAUGGAGGCGCGGGUGCCCGUGCGGCUGCGCUUCGGGAAGGUGCUGCGGACGUGGACGGUGGACGUGAAGGCGCGGUGCGACGUGGCCGUGGACAGGCUGGAGGGGGAGGUGGCGGCGGUGAGCAGGGGGUGCAGGGUCAGGCCGCUCUGGUGGUGGUGGUGAUCGCCGCCGGCGCCGGCGCCGCUCGUGUCCAUAUGCAUGGAGCAUGGUUAAUGCCGCCUAAUUAAUCAAUAUAAACGGCUAGUGAUUAAUUACUACUAUUGGACACAGAGAUUACUAGCACUAGCAGGUUGCCUGUGGAGUUCAAAACAAAAUUCUAGAGAAUUUUUUUGGGGGUAUAUGGAUGUACAAUAUUUGGAGAUGAUGUGAAGGAAGGCUGCCGUCAGAAUUCAGAACAUAUACAGAAUGCUCUAUAUGGGUUGCAUCACAUGUAAAUGGUGAAACUAUAGAUAACUUUUGUGUUACUGUUCGGAAGAAAAGUAAAUUAUUGGAUC